CCUCUUGUGUUUAGUUUAACUCCGGCGAUGGCUGAUGAGAAGAACGGCGGACGUCUCAGCGACGCUAGCGAUUACUCGUCGGAGGACGAAGGAACAGAGGAUUACAGGAGAGGAGGCUACCACGCGGUGCGUGGGGAUACUUUCAAGAAUGGAUCUUAUGUGAUUCAGAGUAAGCUUGGUUGGGGUCACUUCUCCACUGUUUGGCUCGCUUGGGACACCCUAAACUCUCGUUAUGUAGCUUUGAAGAUCCAGAAGAGCGCACAGCACUACACUGAGGCAGCAAUGGACGAGAUUAAAAUCUUGAAACAGAUUGCUGAAGGCGACGCUGAUGAUACCAAGUGUGUUGUGAAGCUUCUUGAUCAUUUCAAGCACGCGGGUCCUAACGGGCAACAUGUUUGCAUGGUCUUCGAGUAUUUGGGAGAUAACCUCUUGUCGGUCAUCAAGUACAGCGAUUACCGAGGUGUUCCUCUUAGCAUGGUGAAAGAGCUCUGUUUCCAUAUUUUAGUUGGGUUGGAUUAUCUCCACCGCAAGCUCUCUAUUAUUCACACCGAUAUCAAGCCGGAGAACAUUGUGUUAUGUUCCACCAUCAACCCUGAAGCAGAUGCUCGGAGAUCUGGUACUCCUCUCGUUCUUCCAAACGAUAAGGACAAGACGGUUACCGUUGAUAAAGAAGAAACUAAGAGUUACACGUACGGUGCGGAUAUGACUAAGAAUCAGAAGAAGAAGAAGAUCCGUAAGAAAGCUAAGAAGGUAGUGGUUGAAGGAUGCGGUGGAGAGGAAGGUUCAGAGGAGAAUGAGAGAGCUUCGAACGGAAACUCAACUGCGGAGAGUUCAGAAAGAGCAAAAGACAGCCAAAAGAGUGGCAACAAUCGGAGAGGAAGUCGGUCCACAAGGCGGAAGUUACUCGCGGAUGUUGAUAGGAAGUGCAAGCUGGUUGAUUUUGGGAAUGCUUGCUGGACUUAUAAACAGUUCACAAGUGAUAUUCAGACAAGGCAGUACCGAUCUCCCGAGGUUAUUCUCGGCUCAAAGUACUCAACCUCGGCGGAUAUGUGGUCGUUUGCCUGCAUCUGUGGUGAUGUCCUAUUCGAUCCUCACAGUGGUGAAAACUUUGAGCGUGAUGAGGAUCACUUGGCGUUGAUGAUGGAGCUUCUUGGGAUGAUGCCACGAAAGAUUGCAUUAGGAGGACGGUAUUCACGGGAUUACUUCAACAGACAGGGUGAGCUAAGGCACAUUAGGAGGUUACGGUUUUGGCCACUGAGCAAGGUUUUAAUGGAGAAAUAUGAGUUCAGCGAGGAAGAUGAUGCGGUUGCUUUGCAAGACUUCAUCACUCCCAUUCUUGAGUUCGCACCUGAGAAGAGACCUACGGCUGCUCAGUGCUUAACGCACCCUUGGAUGAAUCCUGUCCCUAGAUCGUUGAAAGCAUCGUCGAGUCCACGAAGACUCAAAGAAGAAGAAGAAGAAGAAGCAAGGGAUGAGAAUAAAAGCAAGGAAAAGGAUGAGAGGGAAGCUAUGGAGGUUGGUGUUGGGAAUAUAGCUAUUGAUGGCUCAGAGUUGAAGACCUCAGGAAGAGAAGGUCGUCAAUCUGCUCGUAGUGAUCUUCGCACUUAAAGAAAACAGAAUCCUAGUGAAAAAAAGUUUUGUAUUUGUCUUUUGAUCUCUUCUUCGGGAAUCAAGGAUUUGGAUACUGUAUUGAUUAUUAUUUUGUUCCCUUCGCUUGUUGAAAACAAAAGAUUUUGAAAACUCAUUGGCUUUUGAACCAAUUGAGAUGAUUCAU